AUGUUUGGAAUAAGUUUACAUAAUAUGUUUUUACUAUACACGGUGAUUAAUUCAGUUAAAGCAGGAAGAAAGCUCAUUGGUUUUAAUUUUAAAGACGUCAGUCCAACAGGAUACAAGCAAUGUUUGAAGUUGUGUAUCGGUUAUGCAGAUUGUCUCUCGGUCAAUUUCAGCAGAAAUCGACUGUUGUGUGAGCUGAACUCACAACAGGAGACGGAAACUGUCCAAGUCACGGAAAAUACCGAAGAGACGGAAGAUUUCAUCUAUAUCUCCAGAACAUUUUUCCCAAACGAUUUAGCCCCACACCAGGGAGAACUCAUGAAUUCGGCGUGCCCCAAAGGACAAAUGCAUGUCUCACGUUCAACAAAUGAGGCUACCUGUGUCAUAUCACGAUGUGUUGGGAAGGUACCUCCACCUUACAUCGAAUACAGUACCGGUAUCAUAUAUCCAACUGUUUCCAUGGACACCGCAGACGAAACACACGGCAACGUUGGAGAGAGCAGGAACUUCACCUGCCCCCCAGGAACAGUUGCAGUGGGCAAAAAGAAUGUAACGUGCCUUGCAAACGGACAGUGGGAAACUCCGAGAUGCGAAGUAUGCAUUGAGUCAACCGAUCCCAAAGGAUUGAAUUACUUGGGAAGCAAAAACGUGACAAGAUCCGGUAAAACGUGUCAGCGCUGGGACUCACAGACACCGCAUAGCCACGGCUUCCAAAACAAUCCGGAAAACUACUGUAGAAAUCCUGACGAGGUUAUUUUGCCGUGGUGCUAUACAACAGACCCGAAACAACGAUGGGAAUACUGUCUCAUUCCGACCUGUUGAUUCAUUUCAAUAUAGAAUUAGAAAAAAUGUCCUAUUAUGCAUGAUACCAAUUGGUGUAUAUAUACGUUCAUUUGUUGGCUGAAUAACUUCAAGUCCCUCUCUCUCUCUCUCUCUCUCUCUCUCUCUCUCUCUCUCUCUCUCUCUCUCUCUCUCUCUCUCUCUCUCUCUCUCAUAUGGCAAUAUCAUAGUUGUCGCUACUCUUGUGUCAUGUUCGUACUAUUUCUAAGAUAAUGGAAUACGAACUUCUCAAUUGUUAUAUACAAUGUAUGUAUAUUAAGUAUAGAUUAUAAUCUUUAUCAAUCUUUUAAUCAUGAUGCACUACACAGCACCCAGAGAAAGUAUAUGAAAUAAAC